CCGCUACGUCACUUCCGCCGUUCCGCCUCUCAGCGAGCAUUAUGGCGGAAGAUCCUGAGGCUGUGCUUCAGCUCCCUUCUGCAGCGGCCGCGGCCGGCGGCGAGAGCCUCUCGGAGCUCUCCCCCGAAACAGCCACCCCAGAGCCCCCAUCUUCGGCCGCAGUCUCGCCGGGGACGGAAGAACCUCCUGGUGACACCAAGAAAAAAAUUGACAUCCUGCUAAAGGCUGUAGGAGAUACCCCUAUAAUGAAAACAAAGAAAUGGGCUGUAGAGCGAACCCGAACCAUCCAAGGACUCAUUGACUUCAUCAAAAAGUUCCUUAAACUUGUGGCCUCCGAACAGUUGUUUAUUUAUGUGAAUCAAUCCUUUGCCCCUUCCCCAGACCAAGAAGUUGGAACUCUAUAUGAGUGUUUUGGCAGUGAUGGUAAACUGGUCCUACAUUACUGCAAAUCGCAGGCAUGGGGAUGAGCCCCAGAUGGACAACUUGCUGUCUUCACAGAAGAGGAGACUCAGAGAAGUGUUGAUGCUGUAGGGAGAGGCUUAGUGGCUGUCAGAUACUCAGCAUGAAUCUGUGCUUAUGUGUAAAAAACAUCAUAGAGUAAAUGGACUAAAAAAUGAGAUUUUGCCACCAUAAAAUCAUGAAAGAUUAGUGUGCCCAUUACCUCCACACACUCCUGUUUCAGAUCUGCCUCCAAGGUUAGGAAGGGGACUAGAACUCUGUCUAUUGUGGUUUUCAAUGACUGAAGCUCUUUACUUGUGGAGUCGGCACUGUGUUGUUUCCAUGGUAAAAACUAAUUCACUGAAGAGUUUGUAUUUUGUGGUAGUUUUGUUUUGUUUUGUUUUGUUUUGUUUGUAACUUAUUCAGGGACCUUCUGUUUGUUCAGAAUAUGGAAUGUUUACAUUUAUUUGUGUUGCCUUGUGAAACCAAGUGCACUGACUUGUCUCCAUGUCUUAAGUUACCCAGUAGAGGGCAGCCCAGUUAGCAAAAAGGUUUGACAGUUUUGACAUCUUUGCCAGGCGAUUGGAGGCUGUUGACCCUAAGUUCUGGUUAAUGUGUGAUCAGGAGAGCAACUAUGUUGACAGACUGGAAGAGUUGGAGGGUGUGCAUCGUUUAAAAUCAGUCAUGCUGGGAAACAGUUUUACUGAUUGUGAGCAAAUGAGUCCUCAACGCUUUUCAGUCUGUCAUUUCUGAUUCUGGAGCCUCAGCCUGGGCAUCGUGACCCACACUUGUAAUUUCAGUGCUCAGGAAGCCUGGGAAGGAGAAGGAUCAGGAAUUCAAAACCAGACUGGACUGCAAAGAACUUAUCCCAGAUUCUUUCCCCACCCAUGUGUCCCCACCGUCAGUUAUCAGUGUCACAGGAAUUGACUUAGUGAACCAGCAGCAGCAGCAGGCUUUCAUUCAUCCCAGCCCUCAUUUGUAAUCUAUGUUUUUAAAAGUUUGUGUUUUUGCUGUGCUGGAGAUCAGUGCCUGUGCCCUCGAGGCAAGAGCUCUGCAUAGCUGUGUCUCCAGCACUCGCUGAGUGUUUGAUACUGUGUUUUCCAGAUUGAGAGCAUUCAAAGACAGUGUUUUAAAAUAGAAUCCAAUUGUAUGCUUAUUUCAUGCCAUCACGAAAAAGAGUAUUACUGUCAUUGGGA